AAUGAUGGGUCGAAUGCGUGAGGAUCCAUUUGCAGCUUUAUUACGAUAAACACCAAAGCAGACAGGGGCAAAGGCAGAGACACAAACAGGGACAGGCAAUGGUCGAGGCAGGCGGCAGACAAGCAGAGUAAAGUCACAGGCAAUGGUCAGGGCAGGCGGCAAACAAACACAGUCCAAAUAACAGGCAAGGAUCAGGGCAGGCGGCAAACAAACACAGUCCAAUAAACAGUCCAAUGGCAACAGAAAUACAAUCCACAAGAAAACGCUCAGAAGUGAUCACCGGGGCAAAUCAAGACUUCGCAAAGGGUGUGUGUGUGUGUGUGUGUGUGUGUGUGUGUCUUAAAUAGUCCAGGUAAUGAUCUGCAGGUGUGUGUGGCAAUUGGUGAUUGGUGCAUGUGAUUGGAAGGGAGGAUUAUGGGAAGUGGAGUCCAGGAACUGACAGGAACAGACAGUGAUCGUGACAUAACGCCCCCCUUCCGGAAGGCGCGUCCUCGCGGCGUAAAUGGCACAGAUAGGGAGGGGGGGUGGGUACAUUGGAGACCUGUUGGCAGACGGGAACGGGGUCUCCAAUGCAGGUCCAGGAACUCGGGCAGCCACGGGGGGUCAGGUGCCACGGGCAGCCACGGGGGGUCAGGUGCCACGGGCAGCCACGGCGGGUCAGGUGCCACGGGCAGCCACGGCGGGUCAGGUGGCUUGGGCAACCACGGCGGGUCAGGUGGCUUGGGCACCCACGGCAGGUCAGGUGGCUUGGGCAACCACGGCAGGUCAGGUGGCUUAGGCGGCCACGGUAGGUCAGGUGGCUUGGGCGCCCACGGCAGGUCAGGGUCCGUAGCCGGCCACAGCAGUUCACAGGCGGUUGAAGACCGUGGGCGUGUAAGGUCCCCACCCGCAAGCUCAAGCAAUUCGGAGGCCGCUGAUGAUCGCGGCCGUGCAGGGUCCCCACCCACAAGCUCCCCACCCUCAGGUAUAUGGCCCCCCCCCAAAAAGUUCUUGGGGAAUUCAACGGAGGCCGUGGCGGUUUCGUGGGUAAGGAGCUCAGGUGGCGCCGGCAGGGCGAGGAGCUCGGGUGGCGCCGGCAGGGCGAGGAGCUCGGGUGGCGCCGGCAGGGCGAGGAGCUCGGGUGGCGCCGGCAGGGCGAGGAGCUCGGGUGGCGCCGGCAGGGCGAGGAGCUCGGGUGGCGCCGGCAGGGCGAGGAGCUCGGGUGGCGCCGGCAGGGCGAGGAGCUCGGGUGGCGCCGGCAGGGCGAGGAGCUCGGGUGGCGCCGGCAGGGCGAGGAGCUCGGCGACGGCCUCCGUGGCCGUAUCAGGAAGAGCGGACUGCUCUGGGACGGCAGCGGACCGCUCUGGGACGGCCUCCGGGCUUACAACGGGCUCUGGGACGGUGAUCCAGCAAACAACAGGUCCAGAAGCAACAGAGAGCAGGGACUAA